GACUUCACUUGUUCCCAACAUAACCACUGCACCGAGCCUGGUUUCAAUUGCCCGGUGCGCAAGUUUGCUUAAUGCAGUGGUUUAACCUGAGCGUUGAAAAUUUUAUCAAGUGAAGAUUUCUGUGUGGGCAGCAAGUUUGUUGAAAAUGCUCUCUCCGUGAAUUAUUUUAAAUCUACAAUGCCGGUUAUUUUGAGUGGGUGGAAAUAUGUUGCCUUCGUUGGCACAUUAGUUGGAGCAAUUGGUAUUACCAUGUAUCCAAUUUUCAUUGAACCAGUGUUAAACGUUGACAAAUACAAACAAAUUCAAGCAAGAAAUCGAGAAGGUGUGAUCCAGGACGCUAUUCAACCAGGAAAUAUGAAAGUGUGGUCAGAUCCUUUUGGAAAAAAAUAAUGUCUGACGCGCUGCUAGAAGGACAACUGUUGUAAGAUAGUAAGAUUGAAAAUAAAUAGGGUUUAAAUUAAAAGUAUGUUUUUUUGAGUAGAAAGACAGUAAACCCUGUAUUAAGUGAUCAUUGCUGAUUCCAUGAAAAAACAGUAUUCUCGAAUAGUAUUUGUUAGAUUUUUCAACAUUUCUUGAAGCUUCUGCUAGGGAGGUUUUGUUUUAAUCUGUCUCAACAUCUUGAUUGUUAUCAGUAGUUUGAU